UCCCUCCCUCCCUCGCUCCCUCCCCCCGGCCGGCUCGGCGCUGACUCCGCCGCACGCUGCAGCCGCGGCUGGAAGAUGGCGGGGAACGACUGCGGCGCGCUGCUGGACGAAGAGCUCUCUUCCUUCUUCCUCAACUAUCUCGCCGACACGCAGGGUGGGGGGUCCGGGGAGGAGCAACUCUGCGCUGACUUUCCUGAGCUUGACCUCUCCCAGCUGGAUGCCAGCGACUUUGACUCAGCCACCUGCUUCGGGGAGCUGCAGUGGUGCCCAGAGAACUCGGAGACUGAACCCAGCCAGUACAGCCCCGAUGACUCCGAGCUCUUCCAGAUCAUCGACAGUGAGAAUGAGGCCCUCCUGGCAGCGCUCACCAGGACCCUGGACGACAUCCCUGAAGAUGACGUGGGUCUGGCUGCCUUCCCGGCUCUGGACGGGGAGGAUGCGCCUUCCUGCACUUCGGCUUCACCCGCCCCCUCCUCUGCACCUCCCAGCCCCAGCCCCUCGCUGGAGAGGCCCCAGGCCCCGGCGCCUGAAGUGGACGAGCUCUCGCUGCUGCAGAAGCUCCUCCUCGCCACGUCCCACCCGACCUCAAGCUCCGACACGCAGAAGGAAGGGACCGCCUGGCGCCAGGCAGGCCUCAGGUCCAGGAGCCAGCGGCCCUGUGUCAAGGUGGACGGCACCCAAGACAAGAGGGCCCCCACGACGCAGUCUCAGAGCCGGAGUUGUACCGAACUGCACAAGCACCUCACUUCGGUGCCGUCCUGCCCUCAGACUGCAGCCCGCUCCCCAGACAGGGGCGUGUGGCCCCCACCCGCCCUGAGCCCCCAGCUUCCUGCCAAGGAGGAGGAGGAAGCUGGGGAGGACUGCCCGAGCCCCCAGCCAACUCCGGCCUCGCCCCAGGCCUCCCCAGCACCGGGUGGAGCGGGCUCCGGCGCCCAGGGCUCCCGGGACGACACGCAGGCCAUGGUGCAGCUCAUUCACUACAUGCAUACGUACUGCCUGCCCCAGAGGAAGCUGCCCCCCCAGGCCCCAGAGCCAGCCCCCCAGCCCUGCGGCAGCCCCUCCACACAGGCCAAGCCCCGGCCCCGGUCCCAGCACCCUUCCAAAGGCUCCUGGGCGGAAUUCUCCAUCCUGAGGGAACUUCUGGCUCAAGAUGUCCUCUGUGAUGUCAGCAAACCUUACCGCCUGGCCACACCUGUCUAUGCCUCCCUCACGCCCCGCCCCAGGCCCAGGCCCCCCAAAGACAGCCAGGCCUCCCCUGGUCACCCGUCCCCCGUGGAGGAGGUGAGGAUCACAGCUUCGCCCAGGAGCACUGGGCCCAGACCCAGCCUGCGGCCCUUGCGCCUUGCGGUGAAAGGACACGCCAGCCGAUCAGCCAGGCUGCGGCGGGAGGAGGAAGAGGAGGAGGAGGAGGAGGAGGAAGAAGAAAAAGAGGAGGAAGAAGAGGAAGAAGAGGAGGAGGAGGAAUGGGGCCGGAAAAGACCGGGCCGAGGUCUGCCAUGGACCAAGCUGGGGAGGAAGCUGGAGAACGUGGUGUGCCCCGUGCGGCGCUCCAGGAGACUGAACCCGGAGCUGGGGCCCUGGCUGGCAUUCUCCGAUGAGUCUCUGGUCCCUGCAGAGCCCCAAGGAGCUCUGCCGUCACUGCGCCUGGCUCCGGAGGCCUACAACGUGGAGGGGGCACUGGGCAGCCCCACGGACGAGGACAGUGGUCAAGACCAGCAGCUCCCACGGGGACCCCAGAUCCCGGCUCUGGAGAGCCCCUGUGAGAGUGGGUGUGGGGACACGGAUGAGGACCCCAGCUGCCCACGGCUCCCUUCCAGAGACUCUCCCAGGUGCCUCAUGCUGGCCUUGUCACAAAGUGACCCUCCUUUUGGCAGGAAGAGCUUUGAGCAGACCUUGACGGUGGAGCUCUCUGGCACCGCAGGACUCACCCCACCCACCACACCUCCAUAUAAGCCCACAGAGGAGGACCCCUUCAAGCCAGACAUCAAACACAGCCCAGGCAAAGACAGAGCUCCCAGCCUCCCCAGCCUGGAGAGUCUCCAGCUCGGGGCCACCACGGCAGCUGCCCACAAGCUGCCAAAGAAGCACCCAGAACGGAGCGAGCUCCUGUCCCACCUGCGGCAUGCUUCAGCCCAGCCAGCCUCCCAGACAGGUCAGAAGCGCCCCUUCUCCUGUUCCUUUGGAGACCACGAUUACUGCCAGGUGCUCAAGCCAGAAGGCACCCUGCAGAGGAAGGUGCUGAGGUCCUGGGAGCCAUCUGGGGUCCACCUUGAGGACUGGCCCCAACAGGGUGCCCCACGGGCUGAGGAGCAGGCCUCCAGCAGGGAGGAAGACAGAAGCUGUGAUGGCGGUGCCCCCGCCAAGGACAGUGUGCUACUGAGAGACCACGAGAUCCGUGCCAGCCUCACCAAACACUUUGGGCUCCUAGAGACCGCCCUGGAGGACGAAGACCUGGCCUCCUGUAAGAGUCCCGAAUACGACACGGUCUUUGAGGACAGCAGCAGCAGCAGUGGUGAGAGCAGCUUCCUCUUGGAGGAGGAGGAGGAGGAGGACGAUGAUGAAGAGGACUCGGGGGUCAGUCCCCCUCGCUCUGACCACUGCCCCUACCAGAGCCCACCAAGCAAGGCCGGUCGGCAGCUCUGUUCCCGCAGCCGUUCCAGCUCUGGUUCCUCCUCCUGCCGCUCCCGGUCACCAGCCACUCGAAGGACCUUCAGAUGUGAGAGCAGAGGGCCGUGUUCAGACGGAACGCCAAGCGUCCGGCAUGCCAGGAAGCGGCGGGAAAAGGCCAUUGGCGAAGGCCGUGUGGUGUAUGUUCAGAAUCUCUCCAGUGACAUGAGCUCCCGAGAGCUGAAGAGGCGCUUUGAAGUGUUCGGUGAGAUAGUGGAGUGCCAGGUGCUGACCAGAAGCAAGAGAGGCGAGAAGUAUGGCUUCAUCACCUACCGGUGUUCUGAGCAUGCGGCCCUGUCUCUGAGGAAGGGCGCUGCCCUGCGGAAGCGCCAUGAGCCCUCCUUCCAGCUGAGCUGCGGGGGCCUCCCGCACUUCUGCCGGCCCAGACACGCUGACUAUGAUUCCAAUUCAGAAGAGGCCCUCCCUGCGUCCAUGAAAAACAAGUACGAAGCCAUGGAUUUUGACAGCUUACUGAAGGAGGCCCAGCAGAGCCUGCAUUGAUAACAGCCUUAACCUUCGAGGAAUACCUCAAUACCUCAGACAAGGCCCUUCCAAUAUGUUUACGUUUUCAAAGAAAUUAAGUAUACGAGAAGGCCAGAGCGCGAGCGCGUGAGAGAGAGAGAGAGAGAGAGAGAGACUUGAAACUGCUGUCCUUUUAAAAAAAAAAAAAAUCAAUGUUUACAUUGAACAAAGCUGCUUCUGUCUGUGAGUUUCCAUGAUGUUGACGUCCCACUGCCACUGUAGCGUCCUCGCUUCCGGCGGGCGGCCCCGGGCGCGCCUCCCAGUGCUGGGUCAGUCCCCCACGUCCCUUAUCUCCCUGACCGACUUCCCUCGUAGACGUGCAGCCAUGUUCACCAUAACAUUUCUUGUCCGUAGUAUGUGAUGAUGAAAUUGUUACUCGUGAAUAGAAUCAGGAUUAUAUGCUCAUUUUUAAUUGAAGAAAAAAAAUAUAUCCUUCAAAUAAUGUAUUUAUGGCUCAGACGUACUGUGCCUGGGAUUAUUGUAUUGCUUCCUUGAUUUUUUAACUAUGCACUGUCGUGAGGUGUUUGCCACUGAGCUACUCUGCUCCCUCUGCCAGAAAGCCCUAGAGGUGCUGGGUGGCUGGUGGGUUGGUCCCCAGGGCAGUGUGGCCUGCAGCCACAACUCAGAGCAGUGGAGAGAGGCUUCUGAGACUUGCCUGCCAAGCUCUGCCCUGAGUCAAACUGAGCAUGUGCAGGUCCAGUUCCAGUCAGAACCCUCACUGGACGCCAGCUGGUGCUCAGAACUUGGGCCUAGCCUGGAGUGCUGGGAUCCUGGCAGACCUCAUAAGGCAGGCGGGGUGAGCCGCCUGAUCCUUGUUUUUCCACGUGAGGCGGGCAGUGCCCCAAGAGGUGAUGGGCCUUGCCUGAGGUCCCGCAGCCAGUGACGAGGCAGAGCAGUGACCCAGCCUAGGCCUCCUGAUUACUGAUCCCAUGCUGCUGCAGUAGCUUUGGGUAAAAAGGCACAGUUCCAGGGGCUGGUAGAGAUGAGGCCAGCUAUGCUGGGCCACAGGCUAGAGGCCUCUGGGCUUACUUGGAAGGUUAAGUCAGCAGCUGGCUCCCCAGCAUUAGGCAGGUUUAGGCUCGGCGUGCGUCUUGACCUAGAGGGUUCUGUGGUUUGCCUACACCUGUGGACAUGCCACCAGAGCUUUAGUGACACACCUGGAGUGGCACAGGCAGGUGAUCAGGGAACAGUCAUACUUCUGGGGCCAGCCACGACCCCAUCGUCCUUCUACCAGCUCAUCUUUCCCGUUCCUUCACCUGUAGGGGGGUUUGGGUAGCAUGGGGCAGAGGGAGUGAGGUGGGGGCAUGUGAGGACUGGGGGUGGAUAAAACAAUCACCAAGGUCCUUUCCAGCUUAGAUAACAUUCUAAUUGGGCUUUACUUUAAAUUUUAUGUUCUUGAGUGAUGUCAAACCAUGUCUAGCUGGGAUGCUCUGCGGGUGCAUUGGGGGCCGUUUGUGAGGGCAAGUGUGGCCAGGCAGGGUAUGAGCUCGUGACUGCUGCUUCAGAAAGAGCAGCUCCCAACUUUAUCUUGUUCAGAUGUCAGGGUUCCUUGGGAAAUUUUUGUAUUAAAAAGAAAGCAAAAAGUUCUGCUUGCUUUAAACAUGUUUGAAAUUAACUCAUUAAACUCAACAAGCUAAUUCAGUGUGUUGCUCCUGCCAGGCUUACAACUUUGAGAGUGGGUAGUUGAUUAUUACUGUUAUUUUUAAGGUGAUCGAAUACCUGAGUAGUAAUGCUGGGCCAGUGAGCAUGUCCUGGGAGAUGAGCAUACUCCAAGCCCAUGGAGAGGGCUGGAGGAAACAGGCUUUAGAAGGAAUAGGGAAUUUGAGCUCCCAUAUAUCCCUCCUGGGCCCCAGUUUCCUUUUCUGUGAAAUGGACUGAGGGGGAGAAGUAGGCAAGUUGAUCCCUAAGGUCCUGCCAGCUCUUAGCUUCUGCAAAGGUGGUAUCUAGCUCAAGAUGGCAAAUACAUGACACAUGUACCACUACUUCCACAUCCUUGGCCAGUGGCAGGCAUAACCAAUCGACCACAGAACUCCUGUUCUUUGAGCUUGAGAGUUCAUUUAGAACUCUGAGCACAGUACUCUGGACAGCCAUUAUUAAUGGAUCAGAGUUUAUCAUUUGACAUUCUGGUCUGAUCUUUUGAAAGGUUUCCAUCAUACAGAACCAAAUGGUGGCUGGGAUUCAUACUGCCCAUUCCUUUCUAUCAUGUCCUGAUCUAUGAGAGAAAAUUUCCCUAAAGCCAUUCACUGGCAGGGACUCCCAAUAAUACUGUGACACAUAACCCUAACUUGAGUGUGGGGCAAGCGGAAUAGCAGAUAUGAUAUGUUUGAGGGAGGUGGGGUUUAUGAGGAUGAACCAAACAAAGGGACUUCCACAGCACAGACCUGAACAUUGUAAAUUCCUUUUAUAGCUAUUCACUGCCUAGCGCACAGUAGGCACACAGUAGAUGGGUAUGGAAUGCACUAGAGUAGAAUUGAAAUCUGCCUGCUGCCUCUCCUAAGUCCUAAUUUGCACUGAGGAGUACACUGAGGGUUCGUCCUGUGGAAGCCGGUAGGAAGGAACUCCAGAUUCAGAAUCUGGAAAGCUGCGUUGAGUCUUGGCUCCACCAAGAACUUGGUGACCUUGAGUCUCACCUAAGUCACAGAAUCCCUCCCCCUCCCCUCUGCUGCAGAAGGAGUUGGGCUAGAGGUUCUCUAAGCCCCUCCUACAUGCUUGUUUCUAGGUUUGCCCUAAGUCAGAAAUUCUUCCCUGGGCAGGUGGUAGGGGAGGGUAAAGAAAGGCAGAUUUUUAGUGGAAGACCAGUGUCUCCUCCCGUGCUCUGGGUCAGCUGAGGCUCCCCAUCCACUUCAGAUGAAUACAGGGCACUCGAAGGUACUUAGCCCCUGCCCCUAGAGCAGAGCAGAGAUCCGAGCUUGGCACCGGGUGGCACUGUGCCUCAGGUCAGGGCUGGCUGCAUGGGGAGAGGAUCCUGGCCGGCCAAGAGCACGAGGCACUUUCUGCUUGCCGUCCCAUCCCUGCAAGGCUCCAAGUUAAAAAACUGACCGAGCCUACAGACAACCUCUCUCCGGAAGACUCAAUUCGGUGCUGUGUAUUACAACCAAGGAGACUCCAGGGUCUCUCCAGGAAAACCAGUACACCUUGGUCUCUUGCCCACCAUAUUAAGGAGGAACCCAGAGGGAGCAGCUGCCACUGGCAACCACCUCACUGUAGCUGUGUCCUAGUAUUUGCUCUGGAUGAUGUUUACAUGUGAUUGCCAUAAAAGCUUACUGUAGACUGUGUUGACAGCCGCCCAGGCUGUACUGUCCAUCUCUGUGCCGUGCUGGUGUUUCCAGAAAUGUCCGAUCCAAUCGCUAAGUGGAAUUCUUCAUCUCCUUCCUCAGUCGGUACCAGGCUGAAUCAGAAUCCUCACUCUUGGGGGUUCUGGUUACCGAAGGAAAAUGCAUCAAAGAGGUAAAGAAUAUGAGUGGAUGGAGUGCAGAGAAGCCCCCACCCCACCCACCCACCCUUAGCCCAUCACACCUUGCUCCCAAUCCAGGAAACAGCUUUUGAGUCAAAGAGCCACGAGUCAGAUGUCCACGUCUGCUGUGGGGCCUUGCCGUGUGGCGUGCUGACCGUGCUCGGGUCGGGGGGGGUGGGGGCGCGCUUCAGGGGCAGGAGGAGAAAGGGAGGAGAGCUCUGAGCUCUCAGCACCCACGUCCUGGUGUAGGAAGAGGUGCACUUAGAAGACUUUUCAUUGCGUAGAACCUGUGCUGAUGGAAGUUUUGAGAGCUGUUUCUUCCAGGCAUAUGCGGCCUGCCCGCUGAGGCCAAUGGGCGGGUAGUGAGAGGUGGUGGCAUGGAAGGCCUUGAUAAUGUGGUCCUUGUGCAGGGAUGGGGAGAACCUCACCCCAGGCCUUGGGUUCUGUUGAAAUCUCAACUGAGCCUGAGAGAGCACAGACCCUGGACGGUGGGUUGCUCUGACUCACAGAGUCAGAAACCUGUAGUACUUUUCUUAGCAUCUGGGAUGCAGUGGUUUCCCUCAGAUAGGACUAAGGAAAGGAAUGGGAUGCUGUACAAAAGCAAAUAAAAUGAACCUCAUGGUUUUGUUGGCCAAAGAAGAGGGACCCCCUCACCCCUUCCCACUGGGGCAGAAAGCAAGCAGCUAGUGCUUCUGUGCAAUAUGUUGAAGUUGGGCCCCGAGUCCCCGGGGGGAUUUGCCCGCAGAGGUGGGCUUCGGGGCGGUGUGCAGAGUCCGGAGGUACAGGGUAAAUGGAAGGAGAGCUCGGGGGCUGGGAAACCCACAGACGCUGGGUCGGUGGAGGACCCCCGGGAGCCGGCCGAAGGAUGCUAGGAAGUAGGCAGAGGCUGACUUUGCAUUGAACCAAUAAAAGCACUUUGAGAAACCACAACAUUUCAGCCUGGCUCCGUGUUUCUACGCUGGCAAAUACGGGUUUCCUUCGGCUGUGUGAGGUACUCUCCUAGGGCUUGGGCUGGGGUUGGGAGGGGGGCCGGUCCGAGAGGGGAGCGAGAUCCCUUCCUAAAUAGUGGCAGAGUCAAUCCUAGGGCUAGCCCUUUGCUGGCCCUUUCGGUGGAGGCCCUCGAGGAAGGGAACAGUGAGUUUAGAUCUCGGUACCUAUUUUUACGUAUGUAUAAAAAGCUAAAAUAGCCCAGCUGACGGAAAUGGGUUUACAGAGCAAGUCUCCUAACUAUAAGCCAUCUCAGUGAGAAACCCAACACUUCUCACUUGCUGUGUGAUCUGGGGCCUGUGUUCUCUCCACUAAGGAAGGAGAGCGUUGGACGGAACAAGCACCAGGGCCCCUUUUGAACUCCUGGGGUUCACACGUGGGAGCAUCGUGAGUCCGUCACUUCCCUGUGAAACCGAUCUCAUCCUCGGGCUGCUUCCAGCUUCUUUCCCCGGGCGAGAGCUCUCCGCAUGGUCACCAACCAGCAGCAGAUUCAAACCCACAUGGUCCUGGCCGAGUUCCCUUGUAUGAAGAGGCCAGCUCCCCAGGCCAGAUCUAAGCCAUAGUUUCUCAUGGGGAUGGUGAGAGUUUUGACCGCAGCUUGGCUAGGUGGCGGUCGCACAUCUCACGUUAGCCUUGUCAUCGUCCCCACCGAACAGCUUUUAAUCCGAAUGUUGUGACCGCUUGGCUGUUUCUCUCUCGCUCUCAGACGAUACUAGCAAUACACUUGUUUUUUUUUUUUUUCAAAACAGCUUCACUUAGGCACUUUUCACACAUUUCCUUCAAAUGAUUGUAAAACCUAUGGGGCAACAGGAGGCACUGAUCACGCUGCAUAUGUUUAGGGCAGCUUUUGCUUUUCGUUUCUUUAAUAAUCCAGCUGUGCUGGCCGAGGCUUUGAGGUCUCGGGGGACAGAUUUUCAGAUAUUCCAGUUCUUCCAGAUGAUGCCAUGCAGAUUUUGGAAGCAGCAUAGAAACCCAGCUCCACGAGCCGGGGGCUUGAAGAAUACGUUUUUGUAGGUGGUCCAGCCCUGGUCAGAGCAAUGCCUCAAAGACAUGUUUCUAUAGCUAAACCCUCUCUGUGCUGUAUGUUUUGUCAAAGGAUCCUGCAAGGAACCCCAACAGAGCCUCCUUUCCCACUUGGCCAGCCUUGCCCCUGGGUGACUUGUGAAGGGAUUGGUCAGCGUCUGCCUCAGCACUUUGCCUUAUCAACGUCUGGUCGCCCUCUAGUGGCCAAAGACUGUAUCCACCAGCUACCCAGAUGGAAGGCAAAUAAAUCCUUUGGCCACCUUGCUGACCAGCACCAGUUUGGGGAAUUAAAUGUCAUGGCCUGAGUGAACCGUCUGUGUGCUUAGGAUCUGGUGUAACACCAGUCAGAAGACUCCAGAAGCAACCACUUAGUAGACUUGCAUAGACUUGAGAAGCACACUAAUUACCCUGUGGGCAGAGGAGACAGGAGUGGACCCUGUGUCCAGGUGCCCAUUAGGGGUUUACUGUAACCGCAAUACUAGCAGCCCAGCUGCUGACCUUGUUAAGUGAACCUCUGGUAGGUGGCCUGCACUGUACCCUCGGGGUGAGCAAAGAGGUUAGGUGUGAGGAUUCUAGGGCCAGGGAUUGGGGGAGGGGCCUGGCCAUGGCCUUUGAUGUGGUCCACUGAAUAGCCAAACAGGUUUGGUUUUUUGGUUUUUUUUGUUUGUUUGUUUGGUUGGUUUUGUAUUUUGUAUUGAAAAAUGUUGUCAAAUGUUUUUGUGUUAGGAAUAAAAAGUCAUAAACUCUUCCCAACUUUGUUUCUUGAGCGGCGUUCUGAGUCCGAUGGAAACAGGUUGGAGAUCUCAAGGGGAGUGUGGUCAGUGGAACAGGGAGGCGGACUGCCUGAAUUUCCAGAUGGUCUCUGGGGAAGACGACCAUGCAGAAGUUUGCCUCAGUGCAGCCUGCUCUGGGAAUUCACGCCCGCCUCCUUGUGCCCCGGUAUUAGUAUUGGCUUCGAGGACCUGUGUCCUCCAGGGGCGGCUGCUAAGGUUGGAACCAACACAAGACCCCUCUCUCCAACCCCAGGUUUCUAAAGAGACGAUGUCUGUAGCUAGCCUUAAUCGACUGGGCGAGGUGGUCCCUGUGGUCCCUUCCAGCAUUUCCAAAUCUUGGACUCAAAUCCUUUUCUCUUGGUGUGACCAUGCAGCCUAGAGAAUUCUGAGCAAUAGGAAGCCAGGGCUUUCCCCUGGCUCUGGGACAGGGUCAAACCAGGGAAUGGCUAAACUUGUUAGGUUUGGGCAUCCCCAGGGGUACUACUGUAGGGGGCAUUAUUUAUUGGGAAGCUCAACAAGGUAACUACAGCCUGGGGUGCGUGAGCGCAAGGCUGUGUGUGUGUGUAUGUCUGUGUGUGUGCGUGCGUACGUAUGUCUGUCUGCUCGUGUGCGUGCCUGUGUUUGUGUGUAUGUGUGGAAUUACAUUGAUGCAUUUCUUGAGAAAGGUGCAAGAAUUUCACCUAUACAGAGGGACACAUCUGCUUUGUUAUUUAUAAUAGAAAGCUAAAUUUUAAUUUUUUAAAGGACACUGCUAAUGAUUGAGAAUCGAGUUUUUAGUUUUGCUAUUUUUUUUAAUUGGUAGAGGAUUUUUAUAUAUUUUUUCCAUUUUGUUGGGUUGUGUCCUUAUUUAUAUAAAUACUUUAUCUGUAACAGGCAAGGAAGACACCUUCUUUGCUUUUAAUUAUUGUGGUUGUCAUCGUCCCUAUUUUAUUUCUGGUGUGAUUUAUCUGUCUUACCUUCUAAAUGAGAAACCGUUUUCCUGUAUUUGUACAUUGUCAGAUUCUAUAGUUUCAUAGAUAAUUUAACCAAAUUGCUCUAUGUAUUAUUAUUCCGUGAGUAUAAAGUUCUAUUUUAACGUCUGUAAAUACUUCAGAACUGGCUUCUUUCCUCAGACUCCUACUGUGGGGUUAUUGUUUACAUCACAAAAACUGUAGAAUCUCUAUGCUCAUGUACUGUAAAUAGUGAAGUGAUCUGCUUAUAAAUAAACUUAACAAAUACACUAUGGAGAUUAAAAAAGAAAAUACCACCCACAGCCCCA